UCUCAUGUGACCAGGAGUCGACGUGUGCAGAAGUCCUACUAGUCCAGUCCUUGUUCCCGUCUGGGUACCAGCUCCCUUCAGCGGUGCAGGCGGCGGUGCCAGAGGCCAGUGAAAGGAGUCAGCGUGCCGGGAUUUUACAGGUCUGUUGUUCUCUGCACAGCUGGAAGCUAGGGAAGCAGGAGGGAGAAACCGACCCGACCGGUACGCGGUAGGUGAGAGGAACAUUCUGAAGACUCUUGAGAAGUUAAUUGCGCUCGAAGAGGAAGAAGCAGGGAAAAGAAGAAAGAGGGAAGGAAGGAAGAGAGGCAGAGAGAAACAAGAUGAAACCCUGCCAAAAAAUGGAAGGAAAACCAGAAAAUGAGGAGGAGCCAAAGCCUGAGGAAAAGCCAGAGGAGGAGGAAGAGCCUGCGGAGGUGGAAAAAGCCGAGGGAACUUUUAGAGAACGCUUGAUUCAAUCUCUCCAGGAAUUUAAAGAAGACAUACACAAUAGGCAUUUAAGCAAUGAAGAUAUGUUUAGAGAGGUGGAUGAAAUAGACGAGAUAAGAAGAGUGAGAAACAAACUCGUAGUGAUGCGUUGGAAGGUUAAUCGAAACCAUCCUUACCCCUAUUUAAUGUAGUUUACCUUGGUUUUAGAUGAGGUUAGCAUUACCAUAUAGCUUUC